AUGUUGCGCCAGAUAAAACCCAAAAACGCGCGCUCCAAGCGCGCCCUCGAAAAGCGCGAGCCCCAGACCACCGAAAACCCCAAAACGACGCUCCUGCUGCGCGGCACGACCUGCUCCAACAUCGUGCAGCUCGCCCUCACCGACAUCAACUCCCUUAAACGCCCGCUCUCCCUCAAGUUCACCAAGAAGAACGACAUCCACCCUUUCGACGAUCCCUCCAGCCUCGAAUUCUUCAGCGAAAAGAACGACGCCUCCCUGCUCGUUUUCGGCCACCACAGCAAGAAGCGGCCGCACUGCAUGGUGUUCAUCCGAACCUUUCAGCACAAGAUCCUGGAUAUGCUGGAGCUGUAUCUCGACCCCGAGACGUUCCGGACGCUGAGCCAGUUCAAGAAUGCCAAGGCGGCGGUGGGGUUGAAGCCGUUAAUCAGCUUUUCGGGGACGUUGUUUGAGAGCCCCACCCCGAACGCGUAUACGCUAGCCAAGAGCCUGUUCCUGGAUCUGUUUAGGGGGCACGAUGCCGCCAGUGUGGAUGUGGAGGGGCUGCAGUAUAUGAUACACAUCUCUGCGGCGGAAGAAGUCGAGGGGCAGGCGCCGCCGGCGAUACACUUCAGAGCCUACUUAAUCAAGACGAGUCGGAGCGGGCAGAAGCUGCCAAGGGUGGAUGUCGAGGAGAUGGGCCCCAGGAUGGACUUUAGGGUAGGCAGGGUUAAGGAGGCGGAUGAGGCCAUGAUGAAGGAGGCGCUGAAGAGGCCGAAGCAGCUGGAGCCGAGGACGAAGAAGAAUAUCGAGACGGAUCCGAUGGGUGAUAAGAUGGGGAGGAUACAUGUUGGUAGGCAGGAUCUGAGCCAGCUGCAAACCAGAAAGAUGAAGGGCUUGAAGAGGGGGAGGGACGGUGCCGAUGAGGAGAUGACUUUGGUGGACGACGAUGAUGAAGUUGAGCCGGAAGACGAGGAUCUGGUGAAGAGGCAGCGGCUGUAA